CCGGAAGUAAGUUGUUUUCAGUGUCAGACUUUCCAUAAGGACUAUCCCACACCAACUCCAGACCGACAGCCUCCUUAAGGUGUGCCCUCGUGCAUCACAAUGGCACAUUGGUUUCACAGAAACCCGCUGAAGGCAACGGCGCCCGUGCCCUUUAAUUUCUACGGCGUGGCAGGGAGCCCGGCUGCCAAUAAGAUAUGCAAUGACCUGAGGACGAACAGGGCGAGACUGCUGGAGAUGUUCACCGAUGUCACCUGCAACCCCGAGAUCAUGACGAAUGCCACGGAUGCAUAUUUCUCCCUCCUCCAAGGCUUUAUCUCGUCCUUGGAUGGAACUACUCAGGAGAACAAGAUGAGGUUCAUCCAGAACUUCAAGUGGAUUGACACCUUACAAGGAAACACACCAAGUGCCCAGCAGGAUGCGAUCUUUGAACUGGUCUCCAUGGCCUUCAACGUAGCCCUCUGGUACACCAAGUUUGCCUCGAGACUAGCAGGGAAAGAAAACGUGACGGAGGCUGAGGCGAAAGAUGUUCACCGGAGUCUGAAAGUUGCUGCUGGUAUAUUCAAAACCCUCAAGGAGGUCCACAUCCCUCGUCUCAUCACCCCGGCCGAAAAGGGCCGAGACCUGGAGCCCCGAGUGAUCGACGCGUACAUCAUCCAGUGCCAAGCAGAGGCGCAAGAAGUGACGAUUGCCAGAGCGAUCGAACUGAAGCACAACGCCACGCUGAUCGCGGCGUUGGCGUUUGAGACGGCGAACUUCUAUCAGAAAGCCGACCACACGUUGAACACCUUGGAGCCAGAGUGCAGUAGCAAAUGGAGGAAGUACUUUCAGCUGAAGCAGCACUUUUACAUGGCUUAUGCGUACUGCUACCACGGACAGACGCUGCUGGCGAGCGACAAGUGCGGCGAGGCUAUACGAUCACUCCAGGAGGCGGAAAAGUGUUACUCGCAUGCCGAGGGGCUGUGUAAAGAGUACCGUCAGACCAAAGGGCCCGGGACCACGGCCAAGCCGUCGGAGCAGCUGUUCUUCCUCAAACUGGGCGGCGUCAUUAAGAACACACUGGAGAAGUGCCAGAGGGAAAAUGGCUUCAUAUACUUCCACAAGAUCCCAGUUGAGGCGCCCCAGCUGGAGUUGAAGGCGAGUUAUGGCCUGGCUGAGCCAAUCCCCUUCGAGCUGCCGCCCCUCAGUGAGCAGUGCACUCCUGAAGUCUACGCCACCUUUGACCUGACUAAGGGAGCCAAAAAUGACAAGGCCAAGCCCAAGGAGCUGGAGGUGAAACCAGUGAAGGAGCCAGAUCUGAAGCCUCAGAAGGACACAGGCUGUGUCCUCUCCUAAACCAUCCACGGUCGAGCCCUCAUGCUUCAGUCCCAUCUAUUGUAACGAUGGCAUCCAUUCUUAUUUUCAUGUAAACACUCUUGUAGGAAAAAUGUACAUAUUAUUAUAAUAUUAUUUUUUUCAUCCCUGGUGUUUUCCGUUUCAGCUGAAAGUGGGUAGUGCAUUCGGGUGUGACGGCCAUUAUCUGAGCCAGUCCUCCUCUUUAACGGCUCAUAAAUUAAACUUAAAACGUUUUUGAAAAGAUCUGAAGCUCUUUUUAGUCAUCACUUGUCGGCUAAAAUGAUAACUUCAAGUGAAGGUCUUUACCUGAGACCUUUUUAAAGAACCAUUCUAAAGAAGCCUUAUUGGUGAAGCCGUCUCACUAAUGGUGCCUGUGGCUGCAAUGUAAACCUCCGCUCUGCGGCCUCUUGCAGAAGAAGUGUCUGACCUGGUUAGAAGACGGCUCGGAUAAUAAAAACUGGCCUCGGGACAUGGAUCUAAACCACACCAAAAAACAAAACAAUAGAAAAUACUAUAUAUUGCCCCACUGCAUAGGAUAUGACGCAACCAUCCAUAAUGAGCAACGGCAGUAACUUGCAUUCGCACAAUUGUAUUUUUGUGCGUUUCAUGCCGAUAUUAAGUCACAAUCAUAAUAAUCAACAGGGUUGAAAUGUAAAUCAGUAGUGGACGGGCAAAAAAAGAUCAACAAACAAAGCGCAUGCGUCAGCGCUGGGCAUAUUCGGUUUGUUUUAGCUGUUGCAGUUUACAAUCAAUACUUUAUUUAGAUCACGUGACGUAUGUACUGUAGUUAUUUUUACAUAGCUGGGUUAUUUUAAUUUUGUACUUCUACUAUUCAUAUAUUGCAAACUUUUAUUACUGGAUGAAUCAUUCUUUAACAUGUUUAGGGAUUCUGUGAUUUAUCCCUGAUAAUAUUAGUUUAAUUUAUUUUCUAUCAUGUGACAUUUUAGUUAAACACCAUGAGAACAAUGUACGCGUGUAUAAUCCUGCGUUGCUCAUGUUUUCUGUGUUGAUUUAAAUUUUGUUCUUUUAAAAAUAUAUAUUUCAAUGGACUGAUGCAUACACAGUGAAAUGGUUACUAUUUUUGUGAAGUGUUCGGUUGCUGAGCGAGUGCUAACACUGCUGUACAUCUGUGGAGUGUUUGCCCUUAAGGAUAUAGAGCUCGGGGCAUGAGCAGCAUUUAAAGUUAUCUUAUCAAACACACUCCCCACACACACACACACACACACACACUCACUUGAAGUGUGACACUCAAUCACUGAAAAACGUUGUAAAAACUGUAAUAUACUGUUCACAUGAACUUAUAUUAACUGAACGGUGGUAGAAAGUGAAUGAGUCUCACUGAAUUAGAUUAUAGCACAUUUAUAACGCCGUUUCACUUUAUAGUCGGCUGUGCAGGAAGUUGAGUUUGGAUCGGAGGGAAAUGGAUCGACGAAGGCACGGAGGCCAUUCGGUCAUUUUUAUAGUUGGAACGGACGGAUUUAGAUUCAUAGAAAUCAAACCAACGCUUGUCGUUUUUGUUCUUUUCGAGGCACGCUGUUCAUUUGAAGGGCGUGUCAGAUCACCAUUACAGUGUACACUCUUUAUUCCUCCUCCAACGGUGUCUGUCAUGUAAAAUGUAUUUCUAACGGUAUUAAAUCAUCCUUACGAGUC